AUGGCCGGGGCGAGGACGGACCGGCCGGUGUCGCCGCUUCGUGGACCCCGCCGUCGAUACUCCCGAUGCGCCAUCACUCCCCCGCGCAUAAAUGUGGCAAGGUCACUUCUUCCCCUCAGCUCCACCCCACCCCACCCACCCAGUCCAUUCCCCGUCGCCCUCACGCUCUUCGUGCUCGCCGCCUCCCUUCGCGUGCUGCCUCAUGGCUUCCAUCGCCGGAUCUGCCGUGUCCUUCGCCAAGCCCGUCAAGGUACAAUGUAUAUUAUACACAAUUAUUUAUUUUCUCUUGCAAUCAACACGAACUCACUCUCUUUCUCUGGUGCAAGGAGGGGCAAUGCAUUUCUUCGCUUGCAGCCAGUGCCGAUGAGAUUUGCUGUUUGCUGCUCAGCAAAGCAGGAUACAGUGGAGAAGGUUUGUGAAAUUGUUAAGAAGCAGCUUGCUGUUCCUGAAGGCACUGAAGUUUGCGGUACCACCAAGUUUUCUGACCUUGGAGCUGAUUCACUGGACACGGUCGAGAUUGUGAUGGGCCUUGAGGAGGAGUUCCAGAUCAGCGUGGAGGAGACGAGCGCGCAGGCAAUUGCGACAGUUGAAGAUGCUGCCACGCUCAUUGACAAGCUUGUCUCUGCGAAGUCAUCUUGA